UUCACAUCUACGAACCUUGCAAUGUUCGGAUUCGGUUUAAUGCGACCCAUGUGUGUCGAGGAAGGUCAAAUCCUGGUGGCCUGGUCCACUGUCUGAGAGCAUCUGGAAUAAUUAAUAGGGGGUGCUUCCUCUCUCCAUCAGACAAAAAAUUCUCACUCUUGUUCAUAAAACAUUAAAUGUUGGAUAAGAAGCUAAUUUUAUUGCAUUCACGGAUCCCGUAAUGUACGGUUGCCAUAAUUGAAUUGAAUUGAAUUAUUUAAUGUACUGUAUUACAGGUCUCACAAUAUAAGGCUCGGUUGCACAAUUUCGGUUAAAUUUUAUUCGUGAUUAAUUUUACGAGAACCAAUAAGAGAAGGCUUUUUAAAAAAGAAGGCUUCUCUGAUUGGUUCUCGUAAAACUAAUAACUAUUAAAAUUCAACCGGUUUAUCUGCAACUUGCACUAAGUUUUGUAAAACACAACAGGCUAACAGUUACCAUCAAAUUGAUUAUAAAACUAAUCCCUCUAAUGAAUGCUUCACAAUUUGUGCCAGAACAAAAUUGUUAUAUCUGCCUCUAUUACUCUGUGAAGUGAUCAUACUACAGAAUAUCAGCUUCUAAUACAUGUGUGAUCAUACACUCAGUAGUUUAGCUUUAAUGUUUGUCAUCUGUUUUAUCAGUCAUAAUAAGUAUUUACUUAUCAACUGUUAGAAUUUCUGCUUAAUAUGAGGGUUUGUAAGUUUUGUCCUAGUCUACCAAUUGAUGGGUGCUUUGGAAGUAGAUGUGAAGUGUAGCCUAAUUAACUUGUAAUCAAGUGAUGUAUUAUUUUGUUGGCCGUUCUAAUGUAGACCUCUGGUUUGCUUGUAUGUUUUGAAUAUGCUGGUUUAUAAUUAAUUGCAUAAUUCUUAAAUAGAUUACAUACUUGAACUUUGUAAUAUAUAUAGACACACGAUGGGGGUUAAUUUAGCCUAAAUACAAUUUGAAUUAGUAUGGUGACAACUAACAUUUCAACAGUCAAAAUUCUUGAAUAAUAAUAAACUUUUGAACAGUUCAAGAGAGGCUGAUUAUUUAAUGAUUUAACAGAUUGAUUUUACAUUGAAAAGUUGCUAAUUUGUAUAAAUUCAAUUAUAUUUACCACUCUCUAGUUCAUUAAAAACCAUUUGUAAUUACAAUCAAAACAAACUUUAACAACUAUUGAACAAUCAAAUCUGUUUGAUUUAUUUCUUAUGUUACUGAUGCUUUAACUAUAGAUUUGUAAAUCUUAAACUAAUAAGAUGAUAGAUAUAAAUAUUAAUCUCAUAUAAAUCUAUAUAAAUUAAUACAUAUAAAUCUCAGUUGAUUGAAUUAAAACAUUGUGCAGUGAAUAUAAAUUACUGAUUGUUAACUAUUGAUAGAAAUUUUAUUUUGGUCGACUGAAUACAUGUGCAUUGACGCUUGAUAAGAGUUAGAAAUUUGUUAACAUUUUUAAUUCAUUUAUUUAGUUUGAGACCUAAUAUUUUUACAAUUAAAUAUUCGGAAAUUUGACUAUUCAAAAAAAGCUAAAUUCUUGUGCAUUAAAAACUAUAUUUUGACAGUGAAUAUAUCAAAUAACAAUUUGUAUAAAUCUCAAUUAAAACAACUGUAUUAUUUCUGUCAAUUGAAAUAAAAUGUAACCUUACAGUUGAAAAUUUUCUUCAACCUUAAUUGAAUAUAUUUCUAUGUUAGAAAGUUUUUGUAGAUUUUAAUUGGGUAAUACCUUGGCAGUUUUAUAAAAUUGAAUGAACUUAACGGCACUUAUUGAUAAAUUUACAAUUUGUUGAAAUUCAAUUUAAUGAAGUUUUAUUGAGUGAAGACUUUCCUUAAUUCAUUCAAAAAUCUCAAUUUAAUUAACUGACUCUUGUGUGCAAUCCACCAUGAACGAAUACAGCAGCAACAUAUUUUUGGAGAAGCUGAUGUUCCUGCCCUUCAACCUGAAGUGGAUAGUGUUCUUCGUGCUGAGUCAGCUACUUGCGUUCAUAGUGUCCACCUAUCACGUGUUCUUUGUCCACGUUCCCAGUUUCAACUACGUGUUCCUAGUUUCUUUUGUGCUGCUGACAGUUGACGUGGUGGGUGGAGCCAUUCACAGCUGUUUUCCGGAGAUAGCCAAUAGGCGUGAGCAUAAGCCUAGGCCGGCGCUGCAGCGCAUUGUCGAGGUGGUCUACAUUGCUCUCGAGAUCGGUAACAUUGCCCUGCCAGAGUCUACCACUCUCACCAUGCUAAUUAACGCGCUGCGCAUAUGGAAGAUAUUCAAUUGCUACCUAAUAACGUCGAACAUAGUAGGCCAAGCCAGCUUAACGUCAUUGCUGAUCAAGUUCUUCAUCGCCAGCCUGAUAAUCGUGCACAGUUUCUCGUGUCUAUGGUUCAUGAUUCUGCGCACUCAACGCGAUGAGGAGAACUGGUCUAGAGAGGUGCUCAGAACCAAAGUCAUCAACGAGGACCAGAUCAUAGAGUGGUACAUUCUGUGCGUCUACUUUGUGUCCAACACGUUCACUACUAUCGGAUUCGGCGAUAUUGUUGGACAAACUGACUUGGAAAAAGUGAUAUGCCUAAUUGUAAUGGUGUCCGGCUAUAUACUGGUUACUGGUCUCUUUCUAGCCGCAUUCAGCUCGUAUCUAACUCUGAAAUACUCCUACUAUUCCGAAUAUAAACAGCGGCGCACCCUCAUUCACAAAACAUUUAGAGAGUAUUUUCCUUCGGAGAACACGACAAUGCAGAUAAAAAACUUCUACGACAGAUUUUGGCAAGAAGAGGAAGGUAUUGUGGAUGCUGAUCUGAUGCAGAAACUGCCUGUUCCCAUACAAGCAAUGGUUUCCUACGACAUUUACAAGAACUCAUUGGAUUCGUGCUGCCUGCUUGAGGAUCUGCACCCAGCUGUGAAGCGCAACCUGAGCCAAUACAUGACCAAGCAAGUGCACUUGCCUGGCUGGAAGAUAAUCGAGAAGGGCGCCUGGCUUGAUACCUACAUCUACAUAUCUUACGGUGUGGCGCAGGUGCAAACGGACGAGGACGACGAGAGCUCUAUAUUCUCGAUGGGUGUUGGCAGUGGAUUCGGUUCGUCGGCGCUGCUGUUCAGUCGGCCUUCGAAGGUGGAUGUGAAGGCUGCCACUUACUGCAUCACUCACCAGCUGCGGCGUCAGCACCUAUUCCAUGUGCUCUCCCUCUACAAGGACACCAACCGCCUCAUCAUUGCUAGCAUGCAGAAAAAUAUGCAGAGAAUCUAUGCAUGCAUGGCAAGGAACAAAAGAUCUGAAAGAGAAUCAGGGCUGAAAGCACUGAAGGAUAACCUGAACAAUUUCAUGACCGCCAUCACGAUAUCGAACGGAGCCAUUUGGUUCUCCGACGAAGAAAUUAAAGUGAAAAAACGUUACCAGUCUGAAGAUUUGGCUUUGAUUUGCAGGGAUCUUGUGCAUAUGAACUAUAUACCGGCUGUGGAAACUGAAGAAAUAACUACAGAUGAUGCCUGUAUUCGAACCGAGUUUCCAUGGGUGCUAGAACCAAACUCUUCAUUUCUAAGAGUGUGGGGAUAUGUGAUUCUAAUCAUUGCACUUCUAGCCUCUCUGCUCAUACCGUACUUUGCAUUCUUCUAUCGAAUGAUACCCGAUCAGAUAAAAAUAGUAUUCACAAUUAUCAAUCUGGCCUACCUUAUGGAUGUGAUAUUCGUCUGUAUAACAGCACAAGAAAUGCCUGGCGGAAGAGUGAGCAAAAGCAAAGAAAUCUUGAAGUUGAAGGUGAAGGGAAUCUAUUUCAUAGUGGAUGUGUUUGGAGCUCUGCCGUUGUAUUCACUGUUGUCCAAUCUAAUGGAGGAAGAAAAUGCUCGCCUGAGACCUCUAUUCCUUCUCAACUAUCUGAUCGGCAUGAUAAAAGUGCAUAAAUUCUUCUCAAAGCUGGAGCAUGGAUUCGAGGUGGACCUACUGAUACUGCGCAUUGUCAAGUACAUAUUCUAUUUCACAGUUGUCGCCUAUUGGUUUGGCAGCAUAUUCUACACUGUUGCCUGUUUCAUGCCUGACUGCUUGGAGAACAGCUGGUUCGCGUUCCUGACACGCAGGGACGAACAGACUACGCCUCAGAAGGUGCGUCACAACUUUCCGUUUGCCGUCUCCAUCUACUUCGGGCUGCUGGUGAUGACGCAGACGGCUUUCGGUGACGUCGUGCCCUACAACUUGGCCGAAGUGCUCAUUGUCAUCGUAUUCCAGUUCAUUGGUACAUUCCUCUUCUGCUACCUCAUUGCUGACUACUCGGCCACGCUCACUAUUGAGGGAUUCUACAAAAUUGAAUUUCUGCAGUUCAUAGCUGUGAUGACAAGAAUUCUGGACAACAAUAAAAUUCCACCGGCCUUGAAGCAAAGAAUUUUCAAAUUUAUGCAUCUACAAUGGCAACACAGGAAAGGCUAUUCAGUACUGAAAGAAAAGCCAAUGAUGUGGGAUCUGCCUGUUCGUUUAUACACUUCGCUCAGAAUUGAACACUUGUCCAAGGAGCUCAAAAGUAUACCAUUCCUUGCGAGUAUGGGAGAUGACGUGUUGGACAAAUUGGCGCUGCUUGUUGAUAUCUACACAAUUCCCCCCAAUGAAGUAGUAGCCUACUCUGGCAGCACAGUCAAAGAGUUCUAUAUCAUUGAAGAAGGCAACUGUUCUAUGAUUGAUGGAAAGAAUAGAGUUGUGAGAACAAUACGUGCAAUGCAGUUUUUCAAUCUAUUCGAAAUGUUGAUGGGUUUGAAAUCCAUCUACAAUAUAAAAACGGCGACUCAUUGUCGAGUGGUAAGAGUUUCGAUGCAACAUAUCCAAGAAGUGAUGCAGCUGCUCAACAUUGAGAGCAUGCAGGAGAAACUCGACGAAGUCAUACAUGAGAUGAAAGACAGUGUGGAGGUGAAACGGCUGAAAGUGCAGAAGACGGUGACAAUCGGCGAGAAUGUGAUGGAGAACACAUGCGCCGGGUAUCUGUUCACGGCCGGACACAGGGCACAUCCCAAUGUCGACUAUUUGGACCCAUUCAACCAUAUCGGCUUCCUCAGUGGCCUCAGGUUUGUGCUGAUGCCGAUUACGAUCAACCCGAACGGCUCGUUUAUGUAUUCGUGGGAAAUAUCGAGGGGAGUGUUUGCUUUCUGCUCCAGCAUUAUAUUCCCGAUUCUGCCCUACCUCAUGACCUACAAGCCUGGCAUGAUUUAUGUGCCGCUGUUUCUCGACUUCACUGCACUGGCUGAUAUCUACAUCCGGAUGCACACGUGCUUCUACAACGAGGAGGGACUGCUAGUGCUGCACCCUCUGGUCACAGCCAUUCACUACUUCUCCUCGAGCUUUGUCAUCGAUCUGCUCGCCUGGCUGCCACUCAACUACUUCAUCGGCCCCCACCCGGUCGACGGAAACGCCGACUGGUUCUGGGUAACGCAUUGGUCGUCUGAUAUUAUACGAUGCAACAGAAUUCUGCAGAUGCAUCGCCUAGUGUCCUGGUUCGUGUAUCAAGAAAAUCAAAUAUUGCGGAAAACCGCUCAUAUAACAUUUUGCAAAUACUUUAUAAUUUCGCUGAUGUUCUUGAACACAUUGGCCUCCAUCUUGGAAUUCAUCACCAUUCGGUAUCAGGUGAAUCCGCACUCCAAACAAGUCAACUAUGAUAUGCUCAAGCAGCAGCAUUCCUGGAUCUAUUCCUAUCAUCCGGAUUUUACCCUGGACACAAUUGGUGAUUUUCUAACCAUGCAUCUGAUAGCCUACUACUGGACAGCUAGCGUGGCGCUGGCUAUAGGGCCCGGUGACAUCAGCGCUCAAAACGUCGAGGAAAUGGUCUACGUGUGUACAGUGGUUGUCCUAGGAUUUCUAUUCUACACGUAUGUGCUGGCUAUCCUAGCUAAUGCCAAGGCAAGCCUCGAUUUGAAUCUGACCAUGUACCAGGAACGAAUGCAGAGUCUUGUCUCGUUCAUGACCAGUGAGAAUGUCAGCAGAGAUAUUCAAAAAAAAGCAAUCCAUCACUUUGAAAGGGUGUGGCAGAGGACGAGAGGCGUGCCCCUCAACACCAUUUGCACCAAGUUCAAUGUCACGCUCAAAGAGGACUAUCUGCUGCAAAUCUAUAUGGAUACCUUUAGAAAGGUGUCUGUGUUUGAGGACGAGCGGUCGGCGUUCUUCCGCGAGCUGGCGGCCGCAGUGGAGGUGCGCUACUUCAUCAGUGGCGAGGACGUGAUGCGACAGAACGACGUCGUGUCGCACAUCAUGAUAGUGCACCACGGCCAGGUCAGGGGCAUCAACUGUGUCGGCGAAAAGGUGUUGCUGCUAGGGCGUGGAAGUAUAAUCGGCAACAUAAUCUGCGACAGUCCGGCUGUCAGAAUGAAUAUGCUGUUCGUAGCCGAGCGAAAUGCCGACAUUCUGUUCACUGAUUCCUACGUGUUCUUCAGCAUCCUCAAAGAGCACACCGGCAUUAUCAGCAAAUUGGACGAUCAUGUACACGAUGGAAAGCUGUACGUGCCAUCGAGCGACGUGUCCCGCAAGGAGGAGAAGAAGAAGACGUACCGACCGCACUGGCUGCAGAAGUCGUUCAAGAUGUCGGCAGAUGCGGCCAGCCAGGACUCGCGGUCGGAUCUGGGUGAGGGGGGCCGGGGUGCGGCGGCGCGCAAGGCCAACCGGUCCAGCUCUGUCGACGAGAAGGAGUUGCCGACAAAGGACAGGCCAGGCAAUUUGCGAGACACCCCCCGAGCUGCGUCCAUGGAUGGCUGGGGGGAGACGGCUGGCAGUAAGCGCGGCACCAAGAGCAAGCCUAGGCGCAAAAACCUCACCGCUUGGUUGAUGAUAACUGCCCGCCUGCUGAACAAUACAUUCUGCACGGUGUGUGUGAAUACGUCACUUCUUCUCAGUGUCAUCAUGUGCUCCUUUGAUCUGGGCUUUCAAAGUGAGGAGCUAUUCAUUCCCAUUCAAAUUCUCGAAGUCAAAUAUGCUAUCAUUAUAUUUUUGAACUUUUUCCGUUGUUAUGAAGAUCCUAAUACUGGAGAGACAGUUACAGAUUUAGCCAAGAUACGUAAUCAAUACCUGAAGAGUUGGACAGGUUUUAUACUGGAUUUUAUUGCUAUAAUGCCGAUAGGCUUAGUUUUGAGGUACACUACCAGUCACUAUGCCAUGACAUUGGGUAAUACACUGCAUCUUUUGAGAAUGAUAAAAGUGUACCGUUUCAUUGAAGUGAAGUCAGACCGGCUGAACGUGAAAGUGGUGUACAUUAAAAUGAUGGUCAUAGCCAUCACCUUCACACUCAUAUUCCACAUAAUGGCCUGUGUGUGGAACGCCGUGCAUUGUCCCCGCAAUAUUUGCAAUGAGGCAGACAAAAUCUGCGACAGCAACUACAUCUGCGCGAUCUACUACACGACGACGACGCUGAUCGGCACCGGGUACGGCGACAUGGGUCCGACCCGCAUCCUCGAGUACGUCUACGUGGUCGCCAUGAUUGUGUUCAGCCGAUUCAUAUUCGCCAUGUUCAUAGGUGACAUCACCAACACUGUGCAGACCAACAACUUCUCAUUUCAGACCUACGAGUACCAGCUCAUGCGCUUGAAGAAAUACUUGUCGGUGAACGGUGUGAACACAUCGGUGGUGAGGCCGGUGGUGGAGUAUUGCACCAGGCUGUGGGCGGGGCAUAGCGGCGAGCAGAUCCCCGCCUUCUUCAGAAUGGCCAACAUCUGUCUGCAGCAGGACCUCAGCAACGAGAUUUACGGCAAACAUUUCACCGAGUGCUUCCUGUUUGUGGGCCUGCACAAGGACCUGUUGAGGCAGGUGGCCUGUUGCUGUGAGCAGAUUGUGUACCACCCGAACGACAUCAUCGCCCAUGAACGGCAGGUCAAUAACAGGAUGUACAUCAUUCACAAGGGCGCAGUGCAGGCCUCCAAUUCCGACGGAAAUACGCUCAAUUUUCAGCAGAGAGACUUCUUUGGUGUUCCGCAAGGAUUGUACGAGAACAUGCCUCACUCGUACACUUACAAGGCUUUGAAAGUGUGUGUCAUUCUGUCGUUGUGUUUCGACGAUUGGAGCAAUCUGCUUCAGUUUUUCCCCGCCUCAAGAGUCGAGCUCUACGACCGCAUUGAACGCCUCGAAAGGAUGUACAUUGCCAAAAACCUUUCCAAAACUUUCUCAAUUCAAUCAGCAGGACAAUAAUAUUCUUUCAAUAUUGUGAUGAAUAAUGUUUACCAAGAGGUAUUCUAGUUUAAUUAUGAUGAUUAAUCAACAUUAUUUGAUCUGUUAAA